AUGGGUCAUCUUUUGCAUCAUGGAAGGGCGACUGUGAGGCAGUGGAGCAGACGAACAACUCGGUCACAACGAUCACAACUAAGGCACCACUCCUCCGAGGCAUCACCUAGUCCUGUCCCUGAGAAGAACAGCACUUCAGCAAACGCUUCGCAAUCGAGUGCUCCAUCGUCAUCCUCCCCUAAUACCAGUCCCGCAAGCACACCUUCAGCCGUCUCCACCCCCGCCCGCUCGAGUUCGCGAACGUUCUUCCAGGCCAUUCAGGCAGGACCAAUUGGUAGAUUGGCAGAAUCAUAUGCCAGGGUGCAACAAAGGAGACCUUAUGCGACGCAGAUUGUCAGCUCCAUUGUGGUAUAUCUAUGCGGCGACCUGAGUGCGCAGUUGUUGUUCCCCUCCGAAAGCCCGGCGCAAACACCACGGGAUGCGUCCGAAGAGAAGUCCGCGGACUCGGCUGGAGAUGGCGAGGAUAAGGCCUCAUCGAGUGGAGGGUACGAUCCUCUGAGAACUAUGCGACAUUUGACGGUUGGUGUGGGGUCUGCUAUUCCGUCCUAUAACUGGUUCAUGUUCCUCCACAACAACUUCAAUUUCCAGUCCAAAUUCCUUUCCAUCCUCACCAAAGUCUCCGUACAACAAGCUGUCUUCACACCCGUUUUCAAUACGUACUUCUUCAGUGUACAUUCUCUUCUCGCUGGUGCCUCCCUGGAAGAGACAUUCGAGCGCUUGAAGGUAGCUCUGCCCGUCAGUAUAUCGAAUAGUGUCAAGCUCUGGCCCGCCGUCACGGCCUUCAGCUUCAUGUACGUGUCUCCGCCUUUCCGGAGCAUCUUCGCUGGUGUCAUCGCCGUCGGUUGGCAGACCUAUCUCAGUUGGUUAAAUCAGAAGGCUGCCAGAGAGGUCGAGGCGGAAAUGGCCGAGUCGGACCAUUCGUCUCAUGUGCUGGUUUCGGGCAGUAUCAGCCCUUCGACAACGAUAAAAGCAUGA